AUGACUGCAGACGACGAACGCGAGAAUUCACCUGGAGGUUACGGGACUCCAGAAGAUGAUCAAGGCUUUUAUGCAUCUUAUGAGUCUAAAGAGAUUCUCGGUAGUGGUCUCGCAUCGACUGUAAGAAGAUGCAUUGAAAAAGGCUCAGGAGCAAGCUUUGCUGUGAAAAUUGUCGAUGUUUCAACAGAAAAACAAAGUGACAAAGAUGCUCGUCGAUUGUAUGAGGAAACCAUCUCUGAAGUGAAGAUACUACGACAACUAGCGGGACAUCCUUCAAUCAUUGCAAUCCACGAUUUCUUUGAGACACCAUCGUUUCUUUUCACUGUAUUUGAGAUGGCGCCGAAAGGAGAACUGUUCGAUCAGUUGAAUGCUACUGUCACUUUGACUGAAAAGAAAGCAAAACGACUAAUGAAACAGCUGUUUGAGGGAGUCAAGUAUAUGCAUGAAAAUCGCAUUGUUCACAGAGAUCUCAAGUUGGAGAAUAUUUUGUGCAUUGAUGACGAAAGGAUUGUCAUUUCUGAUUUUGGCUUUGCGAUGAUACUCCCUGAUGAAAAACUUUUGAAGGAUUUAUGUGGAACCCCCGGCUAUUUAGCACCCGAGACCUUGCGGUGCCAAAUGUAUGAAGACGCCAAAGGAUAUGGUCUUGAGGUAGAUCAAUGGGCACUUGGCGUUAUCCUAUAUACUUUCUUAGCAGGUUAUGCUCCAUUUUAUCAUCGGCGACAGCUGAUGAUGAUGCGACUAAUUCAGGAAGGACGCUUUGAAUUUCGACGUGAGCAAUGGGAUUCAAUCACAUCCGAGUGCAAAGAGUUGGUGUCACUCUUAUUAACAGUUGACGUGGCAAAAAGAAUAACUGCAGCAGAAGCACUUCGUCACCCUUGGAUGGCUGGCGUCGGAGAGGCUGUGGUUAUUGAGCAAAGAAAAACACGCAAAUCCGACAAGCGCCGCCUUUUCCGCCAUGCUAUUAUAUGGGUCCGAUUUUUUAUUCGUCUGUCUAAUUACAGGAAAUUCUCCCAAGUAAUUGAUCGAGAUGCAGUCAAGAAGAGACCUUUCAGAGAUCGCGAGAUUCGUCACGAGGCCGAAAGUGCUAUGUUCUGUGUGUACGGCCAUUGGGUCAACCGAGGUUUUCAUUAUUCCCGGGACAUGCUUUUUGCAAAUGCACCUCGCCCGAAACACAAACGCGAAGCGACUGUUCAAUCUGGU